AUGGCGCCGACCGGGGACGACGACCACUAUCGUCCCAAAGAUGCCAUUGCAGCUGGCGUGAAUGGCGCCCUCGUGACGGGCGGAGCUGGUCUCUUCGCAGCCGCUAUCCAGAACUCGCUGCAGAAACGCAACGUUGGAGCCUGGGGUAUCUUCACCCGCGGUGGUGCUACCAUUGCAACCUUUACUGCUGUCGGUGGUGUCUACGAAUUUUCGCACCGCGCUGCUGCCAACCUCCGGGCAAAGGAUGAUCACUACAACAACGCCAUUGGUGGCUUUCUUGCCGGUUCAAUUCUGGGCGUUCGAUACUGUCUAGCUGGCAGAAUACCCGGUGUGCUUGGCUGGGGAGCGUUGACCGCCGUGAUACUCUCCGUUUACGAAUAUACUGGUGGCAGCCUGAAGGGUUUCGCCAAAGACCCAAACGUGGACGAGUAUGAGCGGAAAGAAAUGCUGCGCCAGAGCAGGAGGCGUCCGAUUAAGGAGACUUUAGCCGAGGUUGGCGAGGGCCGGUCUAUUCGCCCACCCGGUUACGAGGAACGGAGACGCCAGAGGCUUAAGGAGACAUACGGAAUCGACAUUCACACUGUCUCGGCGGACGCUAAUGUGUGA